AUGAUUGGAUCAUUUAUUACUAGGGGACUCGUGCUGGCCUUUGGUUAUUUGUAUCCUGCGUACGAAUGCUAUAAAUCUGUGGAAUUGAAUAAGCCUGAUAUCGAGCAGCUCCGGUUUUGGUGCCAAUAUUGGAUUUUAGUCGCUGGGUUGACGGUUUGUGAAAGGUUUGGUGACGUGUUUAUUGGCUGGAUUCCAAUGUAUGGUGAAGCUAAGUUGGCCUUCUUUGUGUACUUGUGGUUCCCUAAAACCAAGGGAACAACAUAUGUUUAUGACUCCUUCGUUAGACCCUAUGUUGCUAAGCAUGAGACAGAUAUUGAUCGUAGCUUGUUAGAACUGAGGGCAAGAGCUGGGGACUUGACACUCUUGUACUGGCAAAAAGCUGCCAGCUAUGCCCAGAAUAGGAUAUUUUACGUUUUGCAGUACAUUGCUUCACAAUCAACCCCCACCCCCAAACAGCCAGAUCAGGACAAAGAUACAGCAGAUGAAAUUUCGUCUGCAGACAGCUCGAAAAAAGAAGCACUCUCUCCAGAACCUGUUUCGAAUGAACUGAAAACGGCACCAGCACAAGCUGUCCUGAUGAGCAGUAAGAGUUUGAGUCCUAACAAUGAGGAACAAGUGUUUUCGCAGAUUGAUGCCUCCUUUGAGAAUGCUCAGCCACCAGCGGAAGAAGGCAGUGGUGGCGGCCGGUUGACGAGAGCUAGGUCCAGGAGGACUCGUGGGGCGGCUAAUUUUGUCAAGACUGGGUCAAAAUAG